AUGCUCAACACCAAGCUUGGCAUACUAAGGGACCGUGUCCCUGAGACAUUGAUCUAUGCUUUCCAAUGUAUGAAUCGGAAGGAUAGAAUCGAGAAAGCAUUUGAACUUUGUCAGUCAGGCGAAUACAAUCCAUCCUGCACCAGUUUAACCAGCCGUAAACUAUGCCAACUCCUUGAUAAUCUCCACUGGGAGAAUCCCAACCUUGCAAAUGCUAUAACAGCCCCACAAAAGCAGCCUCAUGAUAGCAACACUCAUGGCUCUAAUUCCACCAUUCUGAAAGGUUAUCUUACUAUUUUGGGGACAGUAACGUUCCAUUCCCCCGUUCACCUCAGGCCUCAGAUGGAAUUUACAAAUUCUGCAGAGGACAGGCCUGAUGUGACGGUGGAUGAAGUUUUCAACUAUAUGGCAGGGAAUUGGGUACCUGAUGGGCUUGAGGUGGUGAACAGCAGCUUGCAUGCACUACCAACCUGUGCUGAGGAAGCCGAGCCUGAUACUCUUGAUGAGGCUUCACCUUCCUCUAGCCUUCAGAGCCGGGAUCUUGGCUGGGGAAUGCAAGCUAGACAGGCAUGCAAUUUGGAUGAAGAAAUGAAGAUUUUUCACUUUUGA